CUGAUACGGAGCCAAGAUUGCGCCAGGGAAAAAAAAUAUGACGCUACUUUUAGAAAUUUAGACUUAUAUAUAAACCUGUCGAUCAGGGUCUUUCUGUGGUGUUCGAUCUCAAGCUCCUUCGCAUCGUCUUCAAUAUGAUCUUCUUGCCUUUGCUUGGUGUUUUGUCUACUGUUGCGGCUGUCCCGCACGGCGCUAAUGCGCCUACGUACGACUAUAUCGUCGUGGGAGGUGGUACUAGUGGUCUGGUCGUGGCGAACCGGUUGUCGGAGGCCUCGGAUGUGUCUGUUCUUGUGAUCGAGGCUGGUGCGUCGGUUCUUCAUGAUGACGAUGUUACCAAUGCGGAGGGUUAUGGGUUGUCGUUCGGUAGUGCCAUUGACUGGCAGUAUGAGACCGUGAACCAGACCCAUGCCGGUGGUGCGCAACAGGUUCUGCGUGCCGGAAAGGCUCUUGGAGGAACUAGCACUAUCAACGGCAUGGCCUACACCCGUGCCGAAGACGUGCAGAUCGACGCCUGGGAACAGAUUGGCAACGAAGGCUGGACAUGGAAAAGCCUCCUCCCCUACUACGAGAAGAGCCAGAACCUCACUGUCCCCACUACCGUCCAGGUCGCCGCUGGUGCCUCAUAUGACUCUUCCGUCUAUGGCGAAGAGGGACCACAGCAUGUGGGCUUCUUGAAGAUGGAGCCCAGCAACUUCACCACCACCCUGAACCGCACUUUCCAGAACACCGGUGUCCCAUGGACGGAGGAUGUCAACACGGGCAAGAUGCGCGGCUGGAAUAUCUUCCCCUCGACUAUCAACUAUGCCGAGUAUGUUCGCGAGGAUGCUGCUCGUGCGUACUACUGGCCGUAUCAGAGCAGGAAAAACCUCCACGUUUUGAUGAACACCAAUGCCAACCGUCUUAUCUGGAAGAGCCAGAGUGGCGACGAGGCCACCGCAGAGGGCGUGGAGAUCACAUCCGCCAACGGAACUGUCAGCACCGUGCACGCAAAGAACGAGGUCAUUAUCUCUGCUGGUGCUCUCAAGUCCCCUGCUCUUCUGGAGCUUUCGGGUGUUGGAAACCCAAGCAUCCUCAACAAACUCAACAUUCCCGUUCAAGUCGACCUCCCUACCGUCGGAGAGAACCUCCAGGAUCAGAUCAACGGACACCUCGGUGCCAACGGAUACACAGCCCUCACCAGCGCAAAGACCGUCGCCUACCCCUCGGUCACUGAUGUUUUCGGCAACGAAACCUCAUCCAUCACCUCCUCGCUCAAGGCCAAGCUCGCAGACUACGCCGCCGCCGCCGCAGACGUCAGCAACGGCAUCAUGAAGAAGGAAGUCCUCCAGCGUCUCUUCGAACUCCAAUACGACAUCAUCGUCAAGAGCCAAGCCCCCAUCGCCGAAAUCCUCAUGUACGCUAGCGGUACCAAGGAAAUCGCCUCCGAGUACUGGGGUCUCCUCCCAUUUGCCCGUGGCAACAUUCACAUCACCUCUUCCAACGCCUCCGUUCAGGCUAGGAUUAACCCCAACUUUGGCAUGUUUGGCUGGGAUAUUAGCAGCCAGGUCGGCAUCGCCAAGUAUAUUCGACGGAUCUUCCAGACUGCGCCGUUGAAGCAGCUGGUUCAGACUGAGACCGCUCCCGGUUUCGAGGCAGUUCCUCAGGGAGCUUCUGAGGAUGUCUGGGCUGACUGGGUCAAGGGCAACUACCGCUCCAACUUCCACCCCGUGGGAACCGCCGCUAUGAUGCCCCGCUCGGAUGGCGGUGUUGUCGACAGCCGUCUCCGUGUUUAUGGAACCAGCAACGUGAGAGUCGUCGAUGCCUCAGUUCUGCCCUUCCAGGUCUGUGGUCACUUGGUUAGCACGCUUUAUGCCGUGGCAGAGCGGGCAUCGGACUUGAUCAAGGAGGAUGCGAAGAGCGACUAAGCCAGAGGCGGUUUAUAGAUAGCACAACAUUCCUGUACAUUUCGAAAUUAGAUGUU